AUGCUUCUUCGUCUGCCGCCCAGCCUGCAUUAUCCUAUCACCAUCACCUCAUUGUUGAAAAAGCCUGGUGAUGAGGUACAGAGGGAUGAAGCCUUGUUUUGGUAUUAUUAUCACUCUGAGGUUGAGGAGGGUGAUGGCAUAGGAAACAUCAUAAAGAAACAACGCAAGUUUCCAACUCGAUUCGAAUCAACUGUUGAUGGUGAGAUUGAGGGGUGGAAAAUAUCCAAAGGAGAUGUUAUUGACGGACCGAUUGAUGUCGUUGAGAUUCACGAGCCAUGUGCCCAUGAGGUACAAUUCGGAGGAAUGUGCGCGGAGUGUGGAAAGGAUAUGACCGAAGCUUCAUACAAUACUGAGAUUAUGGACUCCUUCCGCGCGCCGAUUCAAAUGUCCCAUGACAACACUACAUUAACAGUCAGCGAGAAGGAGGCCACCCGUGUUGAUGAGGAUGCAAAGCGUCGGCUUCUGGGAUCUCGGCGUCUCUCACUUGUAGUGGAUCUCGAUCAGACCAUUAUCCAUGCUACCGUUGACCCCACCGUCGGAGAAUGGAAAGAGGACAAGGACAAUCCAAACUACGAAGCAUUAAAGGGCGUCAGGCAGUUCCGAUUGAUUGACGACGGCCCGGGAAUGCGUGGCUGUUGGUACUACAUCAAGCUGCGGCCAGGACUAGAGGAUUUUUUGCAGAAUGUUGCAGAGCUCUAUGAACUGCAUAUCUACACCAUGGGUACUCGAGCAUAUGCUCAAAACAUUGCCGAUAUCAUUGAUCCAACACGCAAGCUCUUCGGAGACCGUAUUCUCAGCCGUGAUGAAAGCGGAAGCCUGACUGCCAAAAACCUCCAACGUUUGUUCCCAGUUGACACAAAGAUGGUUGUCAUUAUCGACGACCGUGGUGAUGUGUGGCGCUGGAAUCCUAAUCUCAUCAAGGUCUCUCCCUAUGACUUCUUCGUUGGCAUUGGUGACAUCAACUCCAGCUUUUUGCCCAAAAAGCAGGAGAUUGGUGCAACCAACAAGGCUGUGAAGGCUGCGAAAGCUGAAACAAAGGAAACUCAUGCUAAUGGCUCAACUGAGAAGUCGCCUGAUGGGACUGCGGUCUCCGCAUUAGAACAACUGGUGACAAUGGGAGGCGGUGACGAUCCGAGAUUGUUGCAAGAACAGACCAAUGCACAGGAAGAGACAAUAUUGCAUCAGGUGGAAGACCGACCGUUAUUGCAAAAGCAAAAAGAAUUAGAUGCAGAGGAUGAUUCCAGUGCCGAGAGCAGCGAAUCAGUACCAAGCAUUGAUGAAUCCCAAGAAAACAAACCCCGGCAUCACCUACUUGAAGACCAUGAUCGAGAGCUUUUCCAGCUCCAGGAUCGCCUAGAGCAAGUCCAUCUCCAAUUCUAUGAGGAGUACGAUAAAAAGCGCACAAGUGCCCUGGGAGGCCGAGUGGCGGCUUUGAGAGGUGAGAAGACCCCGUUGAAAGACAAGGAUGUUGAUUUGAAGUUGGUUCCCGACGUCAAAGACAUCAUGCCCAAGAUCAAGGCACGGAUUCUCGGAGGGGUGGUAAUCGUGUUCUCGGGUGUCCUUCCUCUCGGAACUGAUACGCAGAAUGCCGAUAUCUCCCUAUGGGCCAAGACAUUCGGUAUCGUCAUUUCAUCAAAGAUCGAUGGCCGCACCACUCACCUCGUCGCUGGCCGGAACCGAACCGCGAAAGUGCGCGAAGCCACGCGGUACCCCAAUGUGAAGAUUGUCACAACGCAGUGGCUCCUGGACUGCUUGACUAGUUGGAGGCGUCUUGAUGAGGAGCCUUACUUGCUUCCUGUUCAUCCCGAUGACCGUGGUGAGCCUCUCUCCCCCGGCGCACAAGAACUCGCCGAGAGCUCCUGGAUAUCCUCCUCGGACGAGGCGACGGGCCCAUUCUGGACUGAUGAGGAAGGCAAUCCAGAAUCCGAAAUGUUCAAAGACACCGGACUUGAUGAGACAUCGCAUAUCGGAUACGACGAGGACGAGCAAGCUGCCGUACAUGACGAACUCAAGGAAUUCCUUGGCAGUGACGAUGAGAGUGAAAGUGACAGCGAGGCAUGGGGUGAGGAGACUCUAGCGAGCAAGAAACGAAAGCGCGGAGAUGGACUUGGUGGGACAACAGACGACGAAUCUGCCGAGGAUGAGGAUGAUGAGGAUCAGAAAGGCUCGCGCCUCUCGCAGCGGAUUAAGCGUUCGUACAAACGGAGCACUGGUCUCCGAGAAGUUGCAAGCGCUGCUCCCACCGAUUCCGAUGAGUCUCGCAUGACUUUACAGGUCGGUGAAGAGGACCUGGACCUGGACAAAGCGAGUAUCAACCAAGAUACAGAUGAUGGUCUGCCAGAGAACCCAGACGAUGACGACGACGCUCUGGAGCGAGAGAUGCUUGCGGCAUUCGAAGAUGACGACGAGAAAGCAGAGGAAGACAUGGCCGAGGAAGAUGAGUGA